AGGUCCUCCGUGGACACCUCGAUGCGGAUGGGCGCCCAGCCCUCGCUGCUCGUUCCUCCUCCUGCCGCCGCGGCCGCUGCGACGGUGUACGCCUGCGCCGUGCCCUGCCCCCUCCGCGGCACCUCACGCACCACCGCAGCCUCCGGCCGGCCCCUCUUCAGCACCGUGCCGUCGAACACACGGCGGCCCGCAGCGGCGCGGCACCCGCCGGCGCAGUGCAGCACGAGCAGCAGCAGCAGCAGUGGGAGAAACGGCGCGGCACAGAGUCGGCGGUGCAUGGCGUGAGAAAAGCGUGUGUGUGCCUGAGUUUGGCGAAGGACGACUGCAAUGGUGGCAGCGCAGCGCUUGUCCGCGGGAGGGGAAUGAGAAGAGGAGGAGGAGGGAAGGGCGGCUGCAGGCACGAAGAGGAGGACGAGGCAAAGCCACACGUCCCCGCCGCGCCGCGGCACGACGGAUUCUUGCGCCUCCGCCACCGGGCAUUUACUCCCGUCCGCCCCACGCACGCCGCUGAGCAGGCAGAAUUACUGGAAAAAAAAAAGUCGAUUGAAGCCAAAUGA